AGCGGGUCGCUAUGGGUGACGCGGACGCUGUGGAGGGAUGCAUUCUGGGGCGAGCAAAAGCUGAAAUGGUGAAGUUCUCUCCUGAUGACGAAAAAUAAAUUAUGAAGCGAGUGUUCACCCUCUCCGACAGGGCCUGGCAGGGCUGCUGUCUGCAGUACAAGUGGCAGAGGACUCUGGGGAGUUAUCUCGCUGUCGCUGGACCUGACCAAACCGUAAAAAUCUUCGAUCGUCAUGGAGAGCAGAGGAAUGAACUCAACCUUCCAGGUAAGUGUGUGGGAAUGGACUGGGAUAAAGAUGGAGACAUCCUGGCAGUGAUUGCAGAUAAGUCCAGCUCUGUCUAUCUAUGGGACGCCAACACCAACAAGAUCAGCCAGCUGGACAGUGGCAUGAGGGACCAGAUGUCCUUCUUGCAGUGGUCAAAAGCAGGAUGCUUACUGGCUGUGGGGACUGCCAAGGGGAACCUUCUCAUUUACAACCAGCAGACCUCCCGCAAGAUUCCAAUCCUCGGAAAGCACACAAAGAGGAUUACCUGUGGCUGCUGGAGUUCUCAGAAUCUGCUGGCUUUGGGGAGUGAAGACAAGACAGUAACUGUGAGCAACCACGAAGGAGACACUAUAAGACAGACAACAGUCCGUGCAGAGCCUGCUGAUAUUCAGUUCUCUGUGAUGAAGACAGAUGAGCGAGCCAGCAUGGGCGAGAGCACUGCCAGUGUGGUGGUGGGGAGGAAAACCUUAUUUCUUUUUAACCUCAACGACCCUGAUAACCCCAUUGAACUGGCCUUCCAGCAGCGCUAUGGUACCAUAAUUGCAUACCGGUGGUAUGGGGAUGGAUACAUUAUGAUUGGCUUCUCCCAAGGGUACUUUGUGGUGAUUUCCACACACAUCCGCGAAAUCGGUCAGGAGCUCUUCCAAGCACACAACCACAAGGACAGUCUGACCAGCAUCGCCAUCUCCCAGUCGCUCAACAAGGCUGCCUCCUGUGGAGACAACUGCAUCAAAAUCCAUGACCUGGCGGAGCUGAAGGAGAUGUAUGCCAUCAUUAAUCUGGAUGACGAGACCAAAGGUUUGGAUUACCUGUCCUGGACGGACGAUGGGCAGCUGCUGGCUGUUUCCACCCAGCGCGGCACACUUCACGUGUUCCUGACCAAACUGCCCAUCCUGGGUGACACCUGUGGGACCCGGCUUGCCUACCUCACCUCCUUACUGGAGGUCACAGUGGCCAAUCCUGUGGAAGGGGAGCCGGCUAUCGCCGUGUCAGUGGAGGUGGAGCCCAGUUUUAUCGCCGUGGGCCCCUUUCACAUCGCUGUGGGAAUGAACAACCGAGCCUGGUUUUACGCCCUUGCAGAAGAAAGGAUAGAAAAACUGAAAGAUGUGGAAUACCUUGGAUCAGUAGUAAGCAUGUAUCUCAACUCCGAUUACACUGCUGUACUUUUCGAGGGAAAGGUGCAGUUGCACAUGAUCAUCGCCAACGUUGAGUUUAGGAAUGUUGAACAGAUUGAGAGUGAAGACCAGGACACCCAGGAGGACAGGCAGACACGUCUCUUCCCGGGACGAGACGACAAGUGUCGCAUUCUGUCUCACGCCCUGACUGCAGACUUCCUCUUUUACGGAACAGAUACUGGUGUAAUUAAAUGUUUUUACAUUGAAGACUGGCAGUAUGUCAAUGAAUAUCGACACCCAGUGGGCAUAAGGAAAAUCUUCCCAGACCCCAAUGGGACCAGGCUAGUGCUCAUCGAUGACAAGAGUGAUGGUUUUAUCUAUUGUCCUGUGAAUGAUACAGUCUUUGAAAUCCCCAAUUUUUCUCCUACCAUCAAAGGAGUUCUGUGGGAAAACUGGCCCAUGGACAAGGGUGUGUUUAUUGCCUAUGACGAUGAUAAAGUGUAUACCUAUGUCUUCCACAAGGACACCAUCCAAGGUUCCAAAGUGAUCCUAGCCGGAGGAACUAAGUUGCCGUACUCUCACAAGCCCCUGCUGCUGUACAACGGAGAGCUGACCUGUCAGACACAGAGCGGCAAGACCAACACCGUGGUCCUGAGCACCCACUCCUUCCUCAGCAGCCCCAAGGACAGCGGCCCCAGCGAGCUGAGCCACUUUCUCACCCAGGCCCUCAUGCUCAAGAGGUUCAGUGAGGCCUGGGAGCUGUGUAAAGUCCUGAAGGAGCCCUCUGCCUGGAACGAGCUGGGCAGGGCCUGUCUGCACCACAUGGAGGUGGACCUGGGCAUCCGUGUGUACCGCAACAUGAAGAACGUGGGCAUGGUCAUGUCCCUGGAGGAGAUUAAAGGGAUCGAAGAUCACAACCUCCUGGCUGGCCACCUGGCCAUGUUCACCAAUGACUUCAACCAGGCCCAAGACCUCUACCUGGCCUCAAGCUGCCCUGUAGCAGCACUGGAGAUGAGAAGAGACCUGCAGCACUGGGACAGUGCUCUCCAGCUGGCUAAACGACUGGCCCCAGCCCAGAUUGCCUUCAUAUCCAAGGAGUAUGCCAUUCAGCUGGAGUUCAUUGGUGACUAUGUGAAUGCCCUGGCCCAUUAUGAGAAGGGAGUAACAGGGGACAAUAAGCACCAGGAGCACGACGAGGCCUGCCAGGCUGGGGUGGCCCGCAUGUCCAUCCGAAUGGGAGACAUUCGCCGGGGUGUGAACCAGGCCAUCAAGCACCCCAGCAGGCUGCUGAAGAAGGACUGCGGAGCGAUUCUGGAGAGCAUGAAGCAAUUUUCUGAAGCUGCUCAGCUGUAUGAGAAGGGGCAGUACUACGACAAAGCUGCUUCUGUGUACAUUCGCUGUAAAAACUGGGCCAAGGUUGGAGAGCUGCUGCCUCAUGUGUCCUCUCCCAAGAUACACCUUCAGUACGCCAAGGCAAGAGAGGCUGAUGGCAGGUUUAAGGAGGCCGCGAUGGCUUAUGAGAAUGCGAAGGACUGGGACAAUGUCAUCCGGAUUCAGCUGGACCACCUGAACAACCCGGAGGAGGCUGUGCGCAUCGUCAGGGACAUGCAGUCCAUUGAUGGGGCCAAGAUGGUUGCUAGGUUUUUCCUGCGCCUAAAUGACUACGGCUCUGCCAUCCAGUUCCUGGUGAUGUCCAAGUGUAACGAUGAGGCCUUCCAGCUGGCUCAGCAGCAUGGGCAGAUGGAGGUGUACGCAGACAUCAUAGGGUCUGACGCUACUAUGGAGGAUUAUCAGAGCAUUGCUCUGUACUUCGAAGGAGAAAAGAAGCACCUGCAAGCUGGGAAGUUCUUUCAGCUCUGUGGGCAACAUGCCAGGGCCCUGAAGCACUUCCUGAAGUGUCCCAAUACAGAAGAUAACCUAGCGAUUGAAAUGGCCAUAGAAACAGUCGGACAAGCCAAGGAUGAAGCUCUCACUAAUCAGCUGAUCGAUUACUUGAUGGGAGAGAGUGACGGAAUGCCCAAGGAUGCCAAGUAUCUGUUCCGGUUGUACAUGGCUCUUAAGCAGUACAGAGAAGCAGCCAGAACAGCCAUUAUAAUUGCCAGAGAGGAACAGUCUGCUGGUAACUACAGGAACGCCCAUGACGUGCUCUUCAGCAUGUACACGGAGCUGCAGACCCAGAAGAUCAAGAUCCCAGCUGAGAUGGCUACCAACCUGAUGAUCCUUCACAGCUACAUACUAGUCAAGAUUCAUGUCAAACGAGGGGACCACCUAAAAGGGGCCCGCAUGCUGAUUCGGGUCUCGAACAACAUCAGCAAGUUCCCCUCUCACAUUGUACCCAUCUUGACAUCGGCUGUGAUCGAGUGCCACAGGGCGGGGCUGAGGAACUCCUCCUUCAGCUUCGCGGCCAUGCUGAUGAGGCCGGAGUACCGAAACAGGAUCGACCUGAAGUACAAGAAGAAGAUCGAAGCCAUGGUGCGGCGCCCUGAUACCUCCGAGCUGGAGGAGGAGACGAGCCCCUGUCCGUACUGCAGCUUCCAGCUCCCCGACUGUGAGCUGCUCUGCCCUGGCUGCAAAAAUACCUUGCCCUACUGCAUCGCCACAGGUCGCCAUAUGAUGAAGGAUGACUGGACAGUCUGCCCACACUGCAACUUCCCUGCUCUGUACUCCCAGUUCCUCGUUUUGCUGGAGACGGAGACUGUGUGUCCUAUGUGCUCAGAAAGCCUGAGUGCCAGUCAGCUGCAGAAGAUUACUGACUGCACCAACUACCUAAAGCCGGAGGAAGUUGAGCAAUGACCGGUGUUGUCCUGGACAGAUGCAGAAACUCUUUAAUCCUUUGAAACCUGCAGGCUGUGUGACAGUACACAUCUCAAGUUCUUAAAAUAUUUUUUUUCUAAAAAUAAAUCUGUCUUUCAUGCUGGGGACAAAUGAAUACAUAAAAGCUGUUCUAUUUCAGGACUAGACAAAAUAGCAAUCUAUUAUAGAAUGUUUAACUAGUACUAUAAUAUGCUUUUCCUACUUCUUAUCUGAAUGUUUAUGUACAUGUAAAAUAGGACUGGAUCACUAUUUUUAUCUAAAAUAUUGUUGCAAUAUUUCUACUCAAUAAAAUGUUUUCAAUGUCUA